CGCCGCCGCUGGAUGGGAGAAGCGGCAUAGGGACCAGCAGGAGGAGGCGGCGGCCGCGGCGAGCGAAGGGAUCGGCCCCGAGGAGGACUGCAAGGCCGAGUCGAGGAGGAGACCAUCAUGUCUGCCCUAGUCUGCGGGAAGAGGUCUUCUUCUGUCUUUGAGGAGCUCCUCCAUACCCCUCCCCCCGCCUCCAAGAGGGUCCGCUGCUCCGCCGGCGCCUCCUCUCCCACCGCCUCCCUACUCUCCCCGCCCCGGCCCUCCGCCUCCAGCUCCCCGGCGUUCGAUCGGAGCGACGACGACAACAACAACAACCUCCUCAGCGGUGAUUUUAAUACAGCCCAUCUCGCCCAACUGCGGUCCCUCUUUCCUGACAUGGACCCACAGUUUCUUGAAAGGGCACUUGAGGCAUCUGGAAAUGAUCUGGAUUCUGCCAUAAAGAGUUUAAACGAUCUCCGUCUAGAGUCAGCAGAUAUCAACUUAGAUUCUGUUGGGAGCAAACCUGAAAAUGGAAUUGAAACAAAUGUUCAUAUUUCAACUGAAGGUAUCAUGAAUAAUAGCGGUGCAGAUGGGGAUGCUGAAAAUGCACAUGGUGCAGAAAGUCUUCCAACCACUGGUUCUGAAUGGGUUGAACUGUUUGUGAGAGAAAUGAUGAAUGCCACUGACAUGGAUGAUGCAAGGACUCGCACGUCUAGAGUUCUGGAAGUUCUUGAAAAGUCCAUUGUCAGCUGUGGAGGUGCUGAAGCAAUGCAGAGGUUUCACAAGGAAAACAUGAUGCUGAAGGAGCAAGUUGAAGUCCUGCUUAGAGAGAAUGCUGUUCUGAAGCGAGCUGUGGCAAUUCAGCAUCAGCGUCAGAAAGAGUAUGACGAGAGAAGCCAAGAGCUGCAACACCUGAAACAGCUGGUGUCCCAGUAUCAAGAGCAAUUGAGAACGCUAGAGGUCAAUAACUAUGCACUUACAAUGCAUCUCAGACAGGCUCAGCAAAGCAACUCUAUUCCAGGACGCUUCCAUCCUGAUGUCUUUUGAAUGGACAAGCUGCCUGCCCUUUUCUUGCGGAUUUGCAGUUUAUUGCCUGCCUUAGCCUUACAGUCUUGUGCCCUUUGUGCAAGGAUCCUGUGAUAGGGACAUAUGUGUGACCAGUACAACAACAUACUCAGAACCUUCUCUAGCUCUGUUGGAAUGCAAUAAAAAGAGUUUUAACUGUCUUUGAUAAUUGUCAGGUUGCAUCAGUGGUGGGUUAAAUCUUGUAGCAGAAAAAAGAGCUACAUUCUGUUUGGUAUAGUUGGGAUUAGCUGAUAUCCAAAUUUACGUUUCUA